AUGAUGCUGGAUGUCGUUCAGAGACGCAUCUGCAGGGAGCAGCAGCAGUUUGAUCAGCCUCCAUGCCCUGCAGGAGAAAUUCAGGAAUUAACCUACGUAGUCAAUCAAAAGAAUAACAAGCUUAAACACUCUGCAGAUAUACAGGGUAACUUUGAGAAGGUGAACACCUCAGUGCUACAAGAAAUUGAGCAAUUAAAGAGGAAACAGAUUGAAGAUGAAAAUGAGAAAACCUCAUUAAAACAACAAAUACAGGAAUUAAAGAGACAACUCGAGCAAAAAGAUGAAAAACUUCAAGAUCUUACAGAUAAACAGGUAGACGAUGAGGUGAAAACCUCAUUAAAACAACAAAUUCAGGAAUUAAAGAGGCAACUCGAGCAAAAAGAUGAAAAUAUUAAACAGCUUACAGAUAAACAGGUUGACAAUGAGGUGAAAACCUCAUUAAAACAACAAAUUCAGGAAUUAAAGAGGCAAAUGGUGCAAAAAGAUGAAAAUAUUCAACAGCUUAGAGAUAAACAGGUUGACGAUGAGAAGGAAUUAAAGAGGGAACAAGAUCAAAAAGAUGAAAAACCUCAACAGCUUACAGAUAAACAGGUAGACGAUGAGGUGAAAACCUCAUUAAAACAACAAAUACAGGAAUUAAAGAGGCAACUCGAGGAAAAAGAUGAAAAUAUUCAACAGCUUACAGAUAAACAGGUUGACGACGAGAAGCUCCAAGCUAGCUGA